CCCAAGCUAAAGCGUGUGAUUGGCGCCCCCCCUCUAUCUCCUACCCUCCAAUGCCUCCUUGUUCCUUGGUCAAAUUCCCAAUACCCAAACCACACAUUCUUAUUCCUUCAUUUAAGCGUAACUGUUGCCAUUUUCUCCAUGAUCUUCAACCUCCGAAAACCCGACCCCAGAACAAUUCAAGCUCUCUAAGCAACCAUUUCGAUGAACAAAGUCAAGUUCGCUGCCACAUACCCAUCUCUCCCCCUUGGAAUUUUGCUUUCUUUUCUCUCGAAUUAGGUCAGAUUUCAAUCGCGUUUUAAUCUUUCUGAAAACCCUUUUUGAAUUUUCGCAGUCGUCAUUUUCAUCCUCUUUUACGGGUGAUUAGUCCAUUCGAGAAUAUGGUUUUUGUCAAAUGUGCCAUGAAUUUCAUUAGCCCCUUUUGCUGCUGUUAUGUCUUUGUUUCCUCUGUUUUCUCGCUUCAGUUCGAAUUCACCGGUUGUGAUUAAAUGGAACACUUUUUUUCCUAAAAAGAAAUUACCCUCUUCCAUUUUACAACCAUGGAUUCAGUUCUUGAAUUUUUAUACCCAAAAUUGAUUCUUUUCGUGUUGGGUUUCUGGUCUUCUGUCGCCACCUAUUUGCUUCACCUGAUUCGUUACUUCACAAGAAUUACUAGCGGUUCUUCAAAGGGUGUAUCAAAUGAUUUGCGGGUCGUAUCAACAGAAGCCAUUGAAGCGAGUUUAAAGGUAACUGAAUCGAACAUGGAAUUUGAAGAAAAACAGGAACUUUUACAGUUUUUAAGUAUAGAAAAUGAUGAUGUUGAAGAAAAAGUAGACGAAGAAGAAGCUCCUGAGUUUUCAUUUACCUUUAAAUUCCCUACCUUUGAAGAAUUCAGUAAAAACCAGAAAGAUUUCUCUCAUUUGCUUAAUUUGGUAGAACCCUUACCUGAAUGCAUUGAUCCAAUCGAGGUUUCACUGGAAGUUUCUAAAAUUGAUACAAAUUCGGACGAUGGGUUGUCAGAUAAAGAAGAUCAAACAAAAGAUGAUUUUGAAGAUCAAGGAGUGAAUGAUGAAACAAUGGUUGAAAGUUCAAAUGAACAAAAGAUUGAGGAAGAAAAGGAGCAAGAAGAAAUCGAUACUUCCAUGGAUGAUGAAAGUUCAAUAAGUUCAAGAAAUCUUGAUUCACCCACAAAUGAUCUACAUUUCGAUGAUGGGUUUUUGUCAGAUCUAGACUUCGAAUUACAAUUUGAUGAAAAAGAACAAGUCAACUGGUCAAAACCCGAGUUUUUAUCGGAGAAUGAUUUUAGUACAAAAUCAAGAAAUGUAAAGGGGAAUGAAAACGAGAAAAGUGCAUCGAAUGAUACGACAAACAAGUUGGAAUCUUUAUGGGAACAUCAGGAAUUGAUUGAGCAAUUAAAAAUGGAGAUCAAAAAGGUCAAAGCUACAGGACUUCCGACAAUUUUCGAAGAAUCAGAAUCGCCUCCAAAGAUAAUGGAAGAAUUGAAGCCAUGGAAGAUUGAAGAAGUGUAUCAAAAUGGAGGGAAGAUAAGUGAAGUUCAUAAGUUUUACAAGAGUUAUAGAGAAAGAAUGCGUAAAUUCGACAUCUUCAAUUACCAGAAAAUGUACGCUAUAGGUUUCUUGCAUUUAAAAGAUCCUCUUGAGUCAUCUUCAAGCUCAAAGUCUUUGGUUCCCGAAAUCACAACACUUCUUAACCAAAGUUUCACAACAACAAAAGGCAAGAAACAUGAGAAUGAUCCAACAAUUAAAUUUAUCAAAGAACUACAAAGUGAUUUAGAAGUUGUGUAUGUUGGUCAAAUGUGUUUGUCUUGGGAAAUCCUCCAUUGGCAAUAUGAAAAGGCUUUGGAAAUAUGGGAAUCCGAUCCUCAUGGGAUUCGGCGUUUUAAUGACAUGGCGGAUGAAUUCCAACAAUUUCAAGUAAUCGAUGCGUUUUUUCGUAAUCUCCUACAAGUUCCUGUGAUUAGAGAAGAUCAUUCAAAGAACAAAAAGGCCAAAAGUGAUGUGUUCUAUGAUAUUACAAGUGACACACUUGUUGAAAUUCUAGAAGAAUCAAUACGAAUAUUUUGGCGAUUUGUUCGUGCUGACAAAUAUAAAAGACAAACGCCCAUAGAGUUUCAAAAACCCGAGGAUUCCCAACUUUUCACUGAUCUCCAGAAAGAUUUGCAUAAGAAGGAAAGAAAGCUAAAAGAACUAUUGAGAAGUGGGAAUUGCAUACUAAAGAAGUUGAGAAGAUGUAAAGAAGAAGAAGAGAUCGAAGAUCAAGUUCUUUACUUCUUUUGUCAAGUAGAUAUGAAAUUAGUGUCGAGGGUGCUACAAAUGUCUAGAUUAACAAGUGAUCAAUUAAUAUGGUGUCAUAAUAAACUAAGUAAAGUUAGUUUUGUGAACAGGAAGAUUCAUGUAGAACCUUCAUUUUUGCUAUUUCCUUGCUAAUUUUUAG